AUGAACGUGUCGAACCAGGCCCUCAACACCCAUGUACAGAAAGAAAGGUUUCGCCGCGAUACGAAGGCAUGGGGAGACGAGUCCGCGGCGACGCUGCUUCUGCUGCGCGGCGGGUGGUUCGUUAGCACCACGCUGUCAAAGAACGCAAUCGCCCAGCUGCUGCGCAAAGUGGCCUAUCCCGACGCCGAAAUGAUCGAUUCGCUGAUAACCCUCGCCAACGUUGACAUCGCCAAGUUCUCCCCACCCCUCCCUACGGGGUGGACCCCGCAGCCACGCGACUUCAUCGUUCACCUCGAGACGUUCGUGAAAGCAUUCUUCGCCGUGUUGGACCAUGGCACACACGCCGCAGGCGAACCAUCGACCGGUCGCAGGCAACAGUUAAAAGCCGAAGUCAGCCGCGUUGUGUCCAACGCCCGGGACUACCUCAGCCUUCAUUCAGCGGAGAUCACGGGUCAAGAAGCAGCGGUGAAGACGCGCCUGAUCACCGACACCAACACCGACAUCAACGAGUAUCUCGGGAACGUCUCGGACUUUGGNCCUGCGCGGUCUCACCGCGGAAGGCAGCGCCAACGCCAUCAUCGAAAAGCUUAACAACGGCCUGGCCGGGCUCCCGCAGCCACAGAAGAGGAAAGCGUCAGCGAGCUGCGCCACGAGCGGACAUACAGCAUCCCGCCCGCGGAUAACCGCCGCACCCGUCGCCAACCAACACGCGGUGGCGACACUGUCCUCGUUCCAGCAGGACCUCCUCACGUGGGGAACCCCCCACCGCGCGUGUCACUCCCACUGGAAAGGGCAAAAGUGCACCCGCCCGCACUGCGCCCUCAAUCACGUACAAGUUCACCCCAGCGUCGCCCCCCCCGGCCCGCCGCCCGGUCCGCCGCCCGCAGCGCCAGUCCGGCCCCCCGCCCCCGCGACCGCCCUUGCCUCUGUCCCCGCCCCCGCCCCCGCCCCCGCAGCAUCACGCACCGUGGUCGCCCGUUACAGCAACAACUACAGGCCACACGGAGCAGCAGGUGCCAACCCCUGACAAUACGGGCCCCAUCCAGAGGUGGGGCCAACGCGGGCGAGGAGGGCAGAUGACACCACGGUAGCAGCUUUUGUAGACAGGAGCAGGACCGUGGCGCUAACUGAAGCGCCUCUUCCCGGGUUGGUGGCACCGAACGUGUUCUACGGAAGCGAACACGGGACGAAGGGAACGAGCGAUGAAGGCGAAAGGCUCCUCAGGAUUAUGGAGCACGGCUCCCUCAACGCGAGCACGCUGAAGGGAUACCACAGCAAGUGGGACACGUGGACAGCUGAAAGAGCUAAAGCGAAUCUGAGUCCAUGGUUGUACGAAGAAGACGGUGUGGAUAGUGCAGUGAGAGAGCUGACUGUGUUGAUGGCGUCGAGGUGUUUAGGGUUCAAGAAACAGAGCCAAACGGUGAAGGGGUAACUCGCGGCUAUCAAGUACUUCCAUAAACUGUACGCAGGCUGGGAGCUGCCCACGUCUCACUUCAGAGUGGUAGCUGUUGGGAAGGCAAUAGACAGACUGCAUGCGAGGGCAGAGACGAAACCGUUGGUAAGGCAACCGCUCACCGUGCCGAUGAUCAUUGCUGAUAGAGAAAGAGCGCAGACGAAUGCUUUCGGACUAGUGACGUGGAUGGGGAUCGCUCUCUCAUAUUUCUUGCUGUGCCGAGCGUCUGAGCUGUGGGCCUACCAGAACGGCUUAGUACACGCCGAUUUUUGUCUCACGAGAGGGAACCUCGUAUUCUUCGAAGGAGCGUGUCGGCUAGCGUGGAACGAAAGAAGGCGGGCAGACAGAGUAGAAGUGACCUUUCGCGCGUCGAAAGCGGACCAAAAGAGGCGAGGCGCGGUAGUAACGAGAGAGAUAGUAGUGCGGGACGAGGAAGGGGGACAGAUGGCUGAGAAGAUGGGGGCGCUAGAGAUCUUGCUGAAUCUGCUUGACGUGCACCCAGAGUUAGGAAGUAGCGCGCCGCUCAUGCAGUCGGUCAAGCAGGGACGGUGGGCAGUGGUGUCGAGGUCGGGAGCAACGACAGUGUUGAGAGACAUGGCGAGAAGAGUAGGAGAAGACCCAACGCACUUCGCGCUGCAUUCAGGGAGGAUAGGUGGUGCGACGCAACUAGCAAAGCAGGGCGCAUCGGUUGUUCAGAUUCAGAGGGCGGGGAGGUGGAAGUCAGGAGCCUUUAUGACGUACAUGAGGGCAGGAGGCGAAGGCGCUAAUAAUGUAUCGCGUGCACUAGCGUCUCUAGCUGAAGGGGAGAAGUAGCGUGGAAAAGAGCGCCGGGUAUCGGGCCGCGCAAUGGGAUAUGACCUGGGCAUAGACGUCGGGUUGGCCCGAUAAGUGAUACCUAGUGAGUCCGAGAAGAAGUCAAUGGUUCGGCUCAUAGGUUGGAUUUUGGUUUUGAUAUUUUUGGGUUCCGGCGUUUCUGAUUUCUUGUCGCCUUUUCUAAUAAUCCAAAUUUCUUGAGCGAAACAC